GCGAAUGAGGAAAAAAAAAAACGGGAGUUCUGGAAGGAGUACCUGAACGCAUCACAAGAGCCGGGCGUCCGUCACUGCAGGCAGUGACUUCAACAAGUGCUACAAACUUAAACGGGGACACACGAUGUUUGGAAAAGAAGACAGGCGAUUGGCGAGAGGAUCCGCUAACAUUGUCAGCUAACAACGACAACUGUUGCCGCUUCAAAUAUCCCAACCUUGGUCUCACAAUGAGCCGGAGAGUGCAGCAACUUUAGAGGGCAGCUAACUUGGCUAAAUUCAAAAUAGAAACUGUUGCUCAGUGCCUAUGUAUGCUGCGUCUUCUGUGUGCGCAGUUAUACAACAAGCGUUGUUAACCUUAACUGGGUUAAUUAGCUAGUAUAACCUAACCGACUUCUGCCUAAGGACUUGUACUCAAAGUAGUGGAAACGCUGGACAUCAACUUUCCUACGCCACGUUUCAGGAGGUGAAUGGACUCCAUUCUGGCAAUGAAAACUGAGAAGCGGCUUCAGCCUGCAGCAGACUCACAGGAUGCCGACUCCAACGCGAAAAAGCCCAGGAAACUGCUGCCCAGCCUGAAGAAUAAACGAGCCCCAGAGCUGGUGCUGGUGAUUGGCACAGGGGUGAGCUCCGCCGUGGCCCCCCAGGUCCCGGCGCUGCGCUCCUGGAAAGGCCUCAUCCAGGCCCUGCUCGAUGCAGCGAACGACUUUGACUUACUAGAAGAGGAGGAGAGUCGGCGGUUUCAGCGGCACAUGAAGGAAGACAAGAAUCUAGUGCAUGUGGCCCAUGACCUCAUUCAGAAAUUAUCCCCGAGAACGGGGAACGUGCGCUCCACGUUCUUCAAGGACUGCCUGUAUGAGGUGUUCGAUGACCUGGAGUGUAAAAUGGAAAACGCUGGGAAACACCUACUGCGCUCAGUGCUGCAGCUGAUGGAGAGCGGCGCGCUGGUGCUCACCACCAACUUCGACAACCUUCUGGAAAUUUAUGCGGCGCACCAAGGCACAAAACUGGAGUCCCUGGACCUGACAGAUGAGAAGAAGGUGUUAGAGUGGGCCCAGGAAAAGAGACCUUUAAGUGUUCUCCAUAUCCACGGUGUUUACACAAACCCCAGUGGCAUCGUACUGCACCCUGCUGGCUAUCAGAAUGUACUGCGGAACACAGAGGUCAUGGACACACCACCCACUGCCAAAAGAAAAAAAAAUAAAGGUGGUCCACCCGUGAUGUCCCAUCGUCUGAAUGAUCUGGUUGCCGUCAACAGUGUGAGAUCCAGAAACUGUACGAGACCAAAUCGUUCGUGUUCCUCGGCUGCGGACGGACGGUCGACGACACGACCUUCCAGGCGUUGUUCUUGGAGGCGGUCAAACACAAGUCGGACCUGGAGCACUUCAUGCUGGUGCGGCGCGAGAAUGUGGGUGAAUUCAAGAAGCUGCGGGACAACAUGCUGGACAAGGGCAUCAAAGUCAUAUCUUAUGGAGACGAGUACGCCGACCUGCCGGAGUACUUCGAGAGACUGGCGAACGAGAUCUGCAACCGCGACGUAGCUACCAACGGCUGGGGGUCUCCACCGCAGAACGGGGAGGAGCAGGUGAAAGGAUUAAACACACAGACGAGCCUCCUCCAAGGUUAGGACUGAAUGCUUGUCUUUGACGUCAGACAGUGACACUUUUCUGUUGUGACCUUCACAGCCGACUGCAUGCUGGUAGCUAGAAAGAUCUGAGACUCUCCCUAACGUUCAGCACCAGAAAGACCUGCAGUGUUAGGGUCGUACAGAGGGUUGUGCAGUAGUUCAUGCAUGAAGAUCACUCUAAUUUAAAGACUAAUUUAACAUUCUCUCAAUCAACUACUCACUCAAAUCCCUUCCCUCUCUUUUUGCCCCAGACUAUGAUUCCUGACAGACAAACUCGGGCAUCGUUUCAGCCCUUUUCUUCUGCAGCUUCGUCAAGAGAUGGGUGAUUUUUUUUGUUUGUUUUUUAAAUAACAUUCAGUUUUGGUUUUGUUCAGGAAUCUCAGACAACAAUGGGCUUGGGGACCUGUCAGCUGUUACAGCUGUGUAAAACUGUGUUUUUAUAUAAAGGGAAAGAUGAGGAUACUUUGAACAUCAUCAUUAAUCCGCACAAAACCGACCACAACGUUUGGUUAUGAAUAGGGAUGUAACGAUACGAUCCACUCACCAUACGGUUUUAUCACAAUUAUUAUUUUUUUAAACAAAAUGAGCUCCAUCAUUUCCUGCAUUUGUAAGAACUGUUGAAAAUACAUGACUAACUGAAACAUAUAAAUAUGCUGUCACUAAGUCUGCGUAGGGACCUGACGUCAUGGUUUAAUCACGACCGACGUUUUUAGGUGCAUACCGCCACCUACUGUACUAGAGUGUGUAGUGUCAUGGUGUGAUCACUGACUUUAUACCUUGACGCGCGAUUAAUAUUUUUAUUUCAACUGAUGCGAAUUCUAACGGAUUUGUAUCGAUUUUUUUUUACCGAUUCACGAUGCAUCGAUACAUCCCUAUUUAUGGAUAUUUCUUGUGUAUUGAUGAAAUGGGCCAGUGAUGAGAACCUCAUAGUGUGAAUUGUAAUUUGUAAUGUCUUAACAUGUGUCAAGACUUAAAUUCAAGGAAAUAAUCCUUGGUUAUUUUUGGUGAAACCUCAGUGAUAACGCUUUAUACCAAAAAUAUUAACGCGUAUUUUUGUAUUUGUCUGUAGCAGUCGCUUUGCCAAAGGUGUGAUCACAGUUGAAAAUGUAACUUUUUUUUAUUUUUAAUAUGUGCAUGCGUGUCCGGUGUAGUAUUUAAAUGGAAUUUUCAAAAUAAAGCUUUUGGUAUUCCAUUA